GAUGUGGACUAAAGGCGAGUCAGAGGGACUCCAGACUUUAGGGAUUGUGGUGGUGGUGUGCUCCUCUCUGAAACUUUUGCACUACCUCGGGCUAAUUGACUUGUCAGAUGAUAAAAUUGAAGAUGAAUUAGAAAUGACGACAGUGUGCCAUAGACCCGAGGGACUGGAACAGCUUGAAGCACAAACCAAUUUCACUAAAAGAGAACUUCAAGUUCUUUACAGAGGAUUUAAAAAUGAAUGUCCUAGUGGGGUUGUUAAUGAAGAAACAUUUAAACAGAUCUAUGCACAGUUUUUUCCUCAUGGAGAUGCCAGCAUGUAUGCACAUUACCUCUUCAAUGCCUUCGACACUGCACAGAAUGGCUCCGUGAAGUUUGAGGAUUUUGUGAUGGCACUGUCCAUUCUGCUACGGGGAACUGUCCAUGAAAAGCUGAGAUGGACAUUUAAUCUGUAUGACAUAAAUAAAGAUGGCUAUAUAAACAAGGAGGAAAUGAUGGAUAUCGUAAAAGCAAUUUAUGAUAUGAUGGGAAAAUACACGUAUCCAGUGCUCAAGGAAGAUGCACCAAGGCAGCAUGUAGAAGUGUUUUUCCAGAAAAUGGAUAAAAACAAAGAUGGAGUUGUAACUCUAGAUGAGUUUAUUGAAUCGUGUCAGGAGGACGACAAUAUCAUGCGAUCCUUACAGCUCUUUGAGAAUGUCAUGUAACCAGAAGAGCACUGGAGGAGUCUGAGACUUCUGUGUAACAAAGAUCUUCUUUCUGGGUGAAAGAUUUUACAAUUGAGCCAUGUCCAAUGUGUGAGGAUUUUGUAUGAUAUGUCCAAUCAAAUGGCAACUGAAUGCAGCCGAUGCCACCACUUCUCCCCGGAAGAUGCUGGUGGACUUUUCUUUCAUUUUGGAAGCAUGUGAAUAUUUUAAUAAAUCCCGACAAGAG